AUGUUCCCCUACAAAACCAACCGACGCGGCAGCCGUUCAGGUGACCGCGAAGAAAACCCGUUCGCAAACACCCAAAUGUCGCGGUCCAGAAGCUCAUCUCUGUAUGGUGGAGGAGCACCACGUCCAAACACAUCUCACGGGCACAGACCACAGACAGCAGGUCGUCCACACACGUCGCAUACCCACUCGACCAGCGUCAACUCAUUUCCAGCCUUCAACAACGGAUACAUGGGCGGUCUUGGAUCGGGGUCCCCUGCAGGUGGUAAGCCAGCGUACAAGAGCCAUCAUCGCUCGUCCACGUUGCGGGACGUGCGUGAUUUGGAGCCCGAGACUAUUGAGCCUCCCUCUUCGGCGUGGUCGGCGUUAGGAGCUCUCAGAGAACGUAUCAGACGUCUCAACAUGGAGUCUGAGAUGGAGGGAGAUGAUGAGAACUCCGAAGACUCGGCAGGCACCGAAACGGAACAGGAGGGAGUCUCCAGAGCAGAUGGAGACACGUCGUUUGCAUCAAACGAGUCCAGCGAAUCGUGCGAGUCCAUAGAGUCGGAAAUGGAGCAUCAGAGAGCCCAUAUACAACAACCUCUGCAAACUCAACACACUGGGCAGUCCACUAUGUCCAACUUUGAUCACUCGGAGGACAUGAUUGACAUUGAAAUGUCGCUGAACCGAUUGAAGAAUUUGGAUGCAGAUCUCUACGAGUCCUUGUAUACCAUGUACGAGGAGAUGACUGCCCUGUGCCACUUACCAGGCCAAUCUGGCCUCUCAGAAGGCAUCUCAAACAAUUUAGUGGCUCUUUCCUCCUUCGUCAAGAUCCUCGAGAAGAAACUAGAGAUCCAUGCCAUCAAGAGAACCAACCGAAGAAGUGUCAUUGGUGUUGUUAGUCCUCAGGGAUACAGCUCUAGCAGCCCCUACCAGAGUCCCUACACCCAACAACAGAUACCGCCGUCUCAACAACAGCAGUAUGCUCCUCAAUUCGUGCAGCCCCCCCCACAACAUCCGACCACUCCCCGGAUGCCCCGGUCGUCGUCGUUGAGAUCUGUUACUCCAGCCACGCCCUCAGAACUCGGAACUCCUAGCUACGCUAGACGCCUUGCUGCCCACAAUAGACGGCAGAAGAGCAUGAGCAUGAGCCCAGACUUUUAA